AUGGUCUUGUACAACUCAGGGCAUGGGAAGAAUGAGCGUCUGCCGGCGCAGUUGCGGGUACUGCCACGGGGAGCUGGUUCGCUGCCGGAUUUCGAGACAGGGGCUGCCGUGGAAGAACUGGCUGUGGUGCUCAUGGCGGUGGUCUUCGUCCCCUUCUCAGCCUCGGCGCCUUCCUCAUUACCUCUGAGGCCACAACAAGGACUUCCAAAAUGUGGCAGGAGCGAAGCUGACCCACUCCGCUGCCGCUGCUGUGCGACUGACGAGUGGCGCAUAUUGAGUGUUGUUCACCGUGAGCUGUGCAUAUUCACGACCAUGCCGACACGUAUGCAUUUCGAAAGAUCUUGGCAGCAACAGAGAAUCCCUCCGGAGAGAGCAGCGGCGAAGGGACAUGGAGAGCGGAGAAGACGUCGUUCGUUCCUACUUGGCCACAUAACUGGGCCCAUUCAUCGCACGCUGUUUAGCAUGGGUUGUGGAAAUACUGUAAGGUUCCACAAAUAUUGUGUAGUUCUAGAAAUACUAUACAGGUCUAGAAAUAGCUUAAAGUUCUGGAAUAACUGCACAGAUCUAGGUAUAUCGUACAGUUCAGUAGAAACUGCCAGAUAUUUGAAAUGUCGAAUCCCACACAUGCAGUCCGAGAAGCGACAAAGAGCGGGGACCUCCGCGCCAUACACACACGAGCAGACACCUUCACCCUCCAGGGACCUCGGUGGCUAUCACCCUGAAUACAAGAUCAGGGUCCUACAACAUACUGAGCCAAGUGUCCCCGCCCCGAGUCCUAGUACUUCCAUGAUAUAUAAGGGACCAGAUUCCUUCAUUUCAUAUCGUGUACGUGCAUCGGCGUGUGCUCGUGCACGCGUCUGCGUGCGAGCGUGUGCGUGCGUGUCGCGGCCGCCACCUCGGGCGCCGGUGCUACCAGCCGCCUCUCCGCCCUCCGCCAGGUCCUCCGCCAGUCGCCCUCCGCCCGCCGCCCCGCGAACAGUCCUUCCGCCGCACGCUGCCACACUCACCAUAACGGCUCGCCACAAGCAGCACUACACCAAGAUGGAGGAGAAGGUGGUUGGUGGUAAAGAGAAGAAGUAUGUGUUGUACACAGUGGUGGGCGAGGAGCGCGGGCGCGCCGGCGUGGGCGUGUGGGUAGUGAGGGUCCUCCUGGGCACCCUCCUGCUGGUGGCGCUGGCUGUCGUGCCGUACCUCUCCUUGCGGCUGGCGCAAGUCACCGACCGCACCCUGGUGGUGUUCCAGCCCGUGCCCGUCCGCAACCACUCCCUCCACCACCACCACGCCGUGGAUCACGGCAAGAUCAGCCAUGUGGACGUCGUGAGCUUCCCCGUAAGUGCCUCGCUCACCAAGGAGAAUGCCACGGCGGAGGCAGCCAACGCCACCACCAAGGCCUCGGCCACCAACUCCAGCAGCAGCAACAGCUCCUCCGGCAGCGGUAGUGGCAUCGUCACCCUGCACGAGUCCGCCGUGACCCUUGCCGUCAUGGAGGACACCAACGCCACUCGGAAACGCGGCAAUGAGACCGAGGUGGAGGAGGUCGUGGUUGAGGAGGACGCAGGGCAGAAGGCGGGCGUCGAGGAGGACAAGAAGGAGCCCGAAGAGAACGCCACCACAGAAGACGCCGCCAGCACGUCGGAGGCUCCGGCCUCGAUAGCGCAGGUGGCGGCCGUGACGGACCAGGCCAGCCCCUCCACGCCUCCGGCCGUCGUCGAGAACAACACCGGCGUUGUGAACACGUCGCCCGCCCCCCACCACGAGAGCAACGCCUCGUCCGCCGCUCCCGUGGCUUCGACCGUCGCCGUGGUCGCGUCAACGUCUCCGGCCUCGACGCCCCAGACGCCGCCCAACACGACCGGCAAGGCCGCAGCGCCCAGCGCGAGCAACGUGUCCACGACGCCCUCCACCACCACCCCGAAGACGACCACGAGCGCCACCACCACCAGCUCCACCAGCAGUCGCCGGCCGCUCGCCCACAAGUUGGUGUACAUGUCCACCUCCGCCUCCGGCAACCACGUGGGCGGAUUCUGCGUCUGGAAGACCGACAAGAAUGUCACGCGCUGGUCCUACUUCUACGAAAACAUUCCUAUCGAAUACCAGAGCCACCAGGACUCCUCUGACCACGAGAUGCGAGGGAUGCUGGCCGCCGUGCGGACGUGGGCGCCCCUGUGGAACGACCAUCACGUCGUGUUGCGCUCCCACCACCCGGCCAUCAACGGCGCCGACCACCCCACGCGCCGCUCCCUCACCCGCGAGCUCGAGCGCCUCUCCAACGGGCGCUUCACCUACGAGCUGGAGUGGCGCCUCAAGAAGACCGACCGCGUGGUGGACAUCGCCUACUGCCUGUCCCGCCUCCACCGCGACUUCGCCCACUGGUUCCGCACCUUCGAGGGCCGCGUCGACGAGCUGCUCGGCCGCCAGGUGUGGGCAACCGCCAGGAUCAAGAACCGCACGCCCAUCGAGCAGGACGCCUUCCUCACCGACGACCCCGAGGACGAGGAAAUCCGCGGCGAUAAAUGAGGGACCAGCACAGCGAUGCUAAGAAACUACCAAAGUGGACUCUUUAAAAAAAAUCAUAGAUUUAACAUGAAAAAAAAGAAGAAAAAAACUAUAAAAAAAAUUAGCAAAACGUGACUUCGCAAUAAAAGUGGUCGGGUCAGAGUGUACAAGUUGAAUUAAAUAAUAGACCCUAAAGAAAUGCAAAAUGAAAUACCUUAUCCCAUGUGAUACCUGCGCUGCGUUGGGAUGGUUAGCGAAAGAAAGGCACUCAAGAGAUCCAUCUUUCUCCAGUGCCGUGAUUGCGCACCAAAAAGGACCUAGUGGUUAGCUCUGAUUUAGAAGUCAACAGCUCCCUGGGCUAGAAAAGGAAGUGCGUACUGAAAGCCGCUGAAGUGAAUAUAGUGCAUUGACUAUUAGCUGAUGAUUUUUUUUUUUUUUUUUUUUUUUACAUAUAUAUCUAUAUAUAUAUAUAUAUAUAUAUAUAUAUAUAUAUAUAUAUAUAUAUAUUAUAGCAUGAAAAGAUAAAGAUGGCAUGAAGUUACCAAUUACUGUUUUUGAAGUGCUUUUAUUGGAAAGUUAAAUGGAAAAUAAGAUAUUAGCCCCAAGGCAUAAACAUGCGCUAACAUACAUAAAAUUCUAUAUUUGCUGGCAUGCUAAAGUAAAAAGAUAAACAUAGUAUGUAUUUAUGAAACAUAAGAAUCAAGAUCUCAACUGAAAUCUCAAGAUAGAACGAACGUUAACAUAAAAUGAUAAUGAUAGUGAAGAGACCAAAAAGAUGCAUUACAAAUUAGAAAGUUCAAAGUUAUAUAAAAAAAAUCCGAAAGCUUUUUUUCCGAGAUACUCAGUAAAUCUAUAAAUAAAAAAAAGAUGAAUAAAAAGUUAUCUUAAAUAAAUAAGUAAAUAAGUGAAUUACCUAAAAUAAAUUUCCUUGCCUGUUUUCAAGGGCGACACAUCCAGCAUAUUCUGACGUGUCUUGUAUAGUUUGUGAAUUUUGUGAUUACUCUGUACACAGUAAUUGUUUAUCCAAAUGAAUUAAAUAGAUUUAGGUAACUUUCAGUAUAUGAGUGGACUGUUUGUUGUAGAGAUCAUGGCUGAUACAGAUGUCCUUCACCAUCAUAGUCCGGUAGGCAGUGAGAAAUUUUGCAGAAAAGUUUGUUGUUCAUAGUGCGAGGAAGAUGAUCCGGAGAGCUUGCCGCCGGAAUAGCCUAGCUGUGGUGUUCGCGUGGCUAAGCAUCCCCCCUCGGCGACCCCUGGCCCGGCCAUCGGACCAGCGGAAGUCGGGGGUGAUGCUAUAUCUACUUACGUUAGAUUGUAUACAGAUAUACAAGGGAACACCCUCUCACACUGUACAUGCUGAUGUGGAUGCGUAUGUGUGCAUGUUUCCGCGCGUAUGUGCGCAAACACACACACACACACACACACACACACACACACACACACACACACACACACACACACACACACACACACACACCAAACAAGCCGUGUCAGGCCAGAGACACCAUGUCACUGUAAAUAGUUAAUCAACCUGCUUCUCUCUUAUCCUUUGUUGUAAUUUGUAUGGCAGUUCAUUCCAGCUAUUACGAAUUCGAAAUAUCAACAAUCAAAAUUUAUCUUUAGAAUCAAAGACUAUACUAGACCGCCACCGAUUAUUUGUAUUCGACAGGUUUUGCUGUAAAACACCGGGGCAGAGAAUGCGUGGGACAUGUAGGUCUUUUAGUCACUUAAAAAACGAAUACAAAAACAAAGCGAAAUAAUAACUUAUCCGCUAGAAUAUCCGGAGCAUUGGCGCGGCCCACCAGCAGGGCGUUUAGUGAUUCAUCCCAGGAGAACCUCAUGGCCCGCACUCGCUCUGCGUUCUUCGGGCCCGAGCUGGACCCACUAGUGUGUACCGUAGUGUAGGUGUAGCCCCUGAGUGAGUAGUCGGGGUGUACAAAGCUUGGCCUCACUCGCGUUUCCCUUCUACGUUCAUAGUGGUAAACAUGACCAACUGCUUGUCGAGCUUCUAAUCGGGAUGGCCAUUAGCUUUCUCUGUCUUUUUUUUCGUGUUUUUAAUUUAUUUAUUUGUUUACUUCUUACCGGGACCUUCCGAUCGCCAAGUUAGAGGCGGUGAGUAAUUUCCACCGUAAAUUCAAUCCAGGGUUUUUUAAUCCUUAGAAAGGGUAAGCUAGAACGUCAUAAUAAUCCUUGCGUCAGGUUACGAGCCAACGAUGUGUUAGCGAGAUUUGCUGUCAAGGGUUUUGUUUACUACAGAAACGUAGGUCUAGCCUUCUUCUGAGCUGUCCGCGAGCCGACCAGUGAGGGCCGGCCGAGGGCAGGACUAUCUCUCACGCGUGUGCUUGUUUUCAUCACUUUAUGAGUGCUGUUACAACAGGUUAGCAAAUUUGUUAAUUUGUGCCUGUGAAGUGUGUGAAUAUAUAUACAUAUAUUAUUUUUCUUUUCACUUUCACGAAAGAAACAGUUACGAUAUCAUGCAUUUUAUGUACAUUAGGAGGUAGCAGGGACGACUGUUUACAGUUAUCUGUUACAUAUGUAUAUGAUAUUAAAGGCAUCAGAUCAUUACGUAUUUUCGUUGAUCAUAACAAAAGACACCUAUAAAUCAGCCAAAAGUAGCAUCAGAGUGAUUGUCUAGGAAGAGGAUUUAAACUUUACCUCAGCGGAGCCCCCUUGUGAUGGAAAUAAAUUAUUCUAUCAUUGGCCAGAUUUUCGCCAACCCCGGCAUUCGAAACUUAACUAUGCAUACGCGUCAGUGCUGAUUCAGGGCGAAAGUUCAGAUCAGCGAUAGGUGCAGGAACAAAUGAAAACCUAAAAGCGAGAGCGCGGUUUAACAGACAUUCCAUCCUCGAUAACCAGCGGCUGCGGGAACUAGGCAGGAAGUAGAGCCAUUAUACAUUAUCAGAUUGGAUGGCGGAGGCAAGAGAAUAUGGCUGAGGUUGAGCUUAAAGUGGAACUAAUAGGUGACUUUAAAGAUGGUGGAACUAAAAUGGAAUUGACCACACGUGCAGUAUAUUGUAUAAAUCCGAUUUAGGUGGGAUUUCGAUAUGCAGUAAAUAAAUAAAUAAAUAAAUAAAAGGAUCAGAGUUUAUGAGUUUGGCCCGAUUCGCUGACGCUGUCACAUAAACAGUCACUGAAAGAUAUUAUUUUGAGAAUUGUUAAUUUGAUGAAGACUAACAAAUGUAAAUGGCUAUAUUUUGUCACUGGUAUUUAAAGAUGGUCAUAAUUCGGGAAGAACGCACAAAAUGAAUUAACAUAACUCGAAGUAAACAUUACGACAUCAAUAGGAAUACAAGCGAUCAUUUUGCAAAGUUUCUGAGAAAUCAUCCGAAUAGUAAACGCUGUAGUGAAGUGACAAGUUGCUACAAAGACUAAACUGAGUUGUGAAAUACUGUGUCCUUCGGUGGAACGGCAGGACUGAUUUUACAGUAGAUAUUAAAAGAUAAGAAAGACUGUUAAGGUGAAUUAUAUCCGAUUCAUUUUUUUGUCGUCGAAUUAACUGCAAACUAAUAUCAUCUUUGGUACAUAAAUCCGAUUUUACUGCAUAUUUAUCGCUUGUGAAAAAAAUAUAUAUAUCAGAGGCAAAAAUUCGGUUUCCAGAUCAUUCCUUCAGAGUAAAACUGUGCAAUUCCCAGACGGUUAGCCAGAGAAUGGGAAUCCCAGUGUUUCAUGUUAAAGAAAAGAAUCCUACAGAUGUCGUCUUUGGAUGUGCUGAGAGACACUUGAGUGCACAUUUAUGUCCUUCUCUCCACGACGCCUCCACGGCCAGGGCCAGCAUCAUGCGGUCCUGCACCAGAAAACGCUAUCCCCUAUUGAUCCAUGCCUACAACCCCCAACCACCCUCCGGCCUGCUCUUGCUCUCUCUCUCUCUCUCUCUCUCUCUCUCUCUCUCUCUCUCUCUCUCUCUCUCUCUCUCUCUCUCUCUCUCUCUCUGUCUAUCUAUCUAUAUAUUUAUCUAUCCACCUAUCUAUCUAUUUCUCUAUCUAUCUCCCUGUAUUUAUCUCGAUAAAUCCAAUCUCUUGAUACUUUCUCCAUCUUUCUCUUUCUUACUCUCUUCCUUUUUCUCUCAUCCCCUUAUUCUCUUUCCUUCUCUCCCUCCCUCCCUCUUACAAUGGGCGGCAUCGGUAGUUACACAAGAAUGAAUCUUUUCUGUUUCGCGAGAGGAAUUACAACCUUGAGCUCCCGAGUGUCACCUAAGCCCUCCAGGCGGCCUCGAAGGUCCAUUUCGGAGAAGCUAGAUGAAUAGACGGGAGGAGGUGGAGGAGGCGUAGGAGGAGGAGGCGCUCCCGAGCCGCAACUGCGUCUGCCAUGACUAUUGCUGUACUCAUACUGCAGACUCUAGGUCGUUCGAGUCUUUGGUAGUAUGUUGGGAGGUAGCUUCACCUUUCUUUGCUCUUCACUUAAUUAGAUACGCUGUUUUGCAAAAGUGGUGGCGAAUAGCGCAUUGGAAACUCAGCCACGUCCUGUCGCAAAAAAAAGAAAAGAAAAUCUUACAUCCGCUAAAAAAAAAAAAAAAAAAAAAAAAAAAAAAAAAAAAAAAAAAAAACAGAACACGUUAUCCGACCGGCCUUUAUUACCUUCGAAAUUCUCUGUUAACAUUUCCCUCGCAUUUCCGGAUUCAAAUCACUUAUAGCGGACCGAGAUAUACCAAUAAUUUUCCAGAAAUAGAUUGAGACGUAAAAGGCCUUUAGUUACCUUUAUGAUUCAGGUCAAUCUAACAUCCAAGCUGUAACUUGCAUCCGAAUGUUGAUUACAUUAAUGAUGUUGGGGAAUAUUUAGGGAACAGAUAAGUGUUGAUUAGAGAAUAUUUAUCGGCCCAAUUGUAAUCAGGUCUCUAGGUAAUUUGGUAUCAUAUACACCAUGUAACAGGUAGAGACUGUGGGCGCUUAGAGAAUACAUUUUGUACUGCUUUUAAAUGGAUUUCAGUUCCGACAGCUCCACAAUGACGACGCCUCAUUAUAUGAAUGGUUCGCUGCAUACAUGUUAGACAUCACUCUUAUAUAUAAAUGGUUUUAUUAAAUUCUUAGGGGAGACGAAGGUAAUGCCAGCAUCAUCCAGAGGCAUAGUACAUAAACAGGGAAAGCGAAAAUGUGAGCGUGCCGGCAUCAAGCGAGUGUGGCACUAAAGAAAGCUAAAUCACUGCAGUGCCGCUCAUGACGUGGCUCUGCGCCCUGGGUUAUUGAGUCGAGUGCUGCUGUACUAAAGGCUAGAGGGAGGCAAUACGUGUUGCCUUCCCAAGCAUGUCUUUGCGAAGGUAAAAGGGAGACACUAUCGGCUUAUUCUUGUCGAUGUUCUCAUGUCUGUGAAGUAAAGGUGAACUAGCAAGAUUUCUAUUAAUUAUAAGUGUGAUAAAAAAAAAACAAUUCAUUCUUUCACAAUAUACGCCAUCUUGCAGCUAAUUCAUUGUUACCUGAUUUGGGUUAUCCUUGGAGUAUGAUCAUGUUAAUGGAAUUUAUAUACUACUUGUAGACACGUAUGUGCAUACUUUUUGCCCAUUUCAGAAUGCAGAAUGAGUUAUCAUUAAAUUAAACACAACAUUGCCAAUAUUUCAACAGCACAAUAUUUUGCACAAGUAUACUGUCCCCAUUGUUCUGUUGAUAUACCUAUGUGAUGAAACAUAUUUCACAUUUUAAGACUAAUUCAUAUGAUUGUGAAAAUCUCUUUUGUUACCUUUUGUGACAAUAAUAAGCCAUUAUCUUUUGUCUGUUUGUAUAUUUUGAGAAUAAAGCUUAUGAGGCUCAAA